AUGGAGACGACCCCGUGGCUAAUUGCCGUCGUCGUCAUCGGGGCCGCGAUCGCGGUGACCCUAGUUCUACUGCUCGUGAUGUACCUGAUUCGAAGAAAACGUCGACUCGCGCAAGAGAAGGGGCAGGAUCCGCUGGGCCGGAAGGGCCUGAAAAAGCACAAGAUGACCCCGAUGGAUCAGCGAGCGGCAGAGGAGGCGGAGAGGACGACGAUGAUCCGGAAGUCACUGGCGAGCCGGAAUUCGCUGAGCACGAACAACUCCCGAGGGCCGACGCCCGAGUUGCCGUCGGAGGACUUCUACCAAGCAGAGGCCGGAGAGCGCGAGCCGAUGGCGCCGAGGAACGGAGACCAGUGGAAGGAGUGGGAGGCGACAGCACAAAGCCGCUACAGCAUCGCGUCGCAUUUCCGGGACGUCGACCUCGGAGUUCAUCCUGCGCUGCUACCCCAACCACAAUUAGCUGUGCUGGAGCCGUUGCGAGGCACAUCGCCGACCGGGCGCACAUGA